GGCAUUGCCAACAUAAAAGUGUUAUUCUGAUUUGUUAUCUGUAUUAUAAAUGUAGCCAAGGAUUGGUUACUUAUUUUUAUUAUCUGUGUCUCUCUCUUCUCCAACUAUGGCCGCCAUGAGCGGGUGCUAUUUUAUAUUGUAAUUGUGAAAGUACAAUAAACCAGUGAAAAUAACCAGCCUCCUUUUUAAUGAUACAGUCCAACUAAGUAAUAAACUCAACAUGGUCCUAUCUCACCGUUUAUUAACAUCGUGAGUACUUUCGCCGAGACACUUUCGCCCGGCAACAUGGUGGCACGCAUGGUGCACGAGCUGUCUACACGCCGUUCUCACAGCGGAAAGGAGCGCCAUUAAUAUUUAUAGUAGCCGAAUUGUCGCACGUUCAGUGCUAUACGUCGUGCACUCAACAUCGAGCUACACAACCCAAGAACUGACCUGGUGCACGUGCAGUCUGGACGCCGUGCACUCGGCCUCAUCGAGCUACGUGACGCUAUCACCGAAUUGGUGCACGUGCAGUCUGCACGCCGUGCACUGCGGACUCAUCGAGCUUCGAAUCGUAAUCCUCGACAAGAUACACGUGCAGUCUACACGCCGUGUGCUCGGAAAAUUUAAAUACGUGACGUGAUUAACAAACUGAUACACUUGCAGUCUACACGCAGUGUAGUCAUCAAUUUGAACUACGCAUCGUAAUUUAUUUAAGACCCGACCUGUGGUACGUGCAGUCCAGUACGCCGUGCUCUCAGCAGGAUAGGACAUGGAACUAACUGAUUUGCAUUGACUUUAAAUAUUUUAAUAGUGACAAUAGUGUUUUAUAGACAUUACAGUAAUUAAUUUAGAUUGUAUACUGUGUGCUGUGAAGCAAUGAGUAAUUUGAGUGGAAUGUCGCUGGCGGACCUUGUGGCCGGGAGGGGCUACGUUAAGGCCAAAAUUUCAAGAACUUGUAACUCAGUGAAGAUAACUGAUUCAAAUGAGAUGUUACUAAAUCAAAAAACUAGAUUAUUAGAAGCAUUCAAAGAAUAUGAAGAUUACAACAUAAACAUACUAAAGUUAGAAUCUAAUGACACUGAACCUAUUGAGGAAUAUGAAAAUAAAUACUUAAAUGCAUUAACAAUUAUUGACGAAGAAAUCAACAGACGCAAUGCCCACUCUCCCUCCACGAGGCCCGAACAGGUGGUAAAAUUGCACCAGCCUAUCAAGUUACCACCCAUAGACAUACCUUGCUUUAGUGAUGCCUACACAGCCAGAGCAUAUCACAUGGAGCGGGACGCUGACACAGACCCAACAAUGGAAGGCUUCCUUGACUACCUAGAGAGGCGUGCACUGGCCUUAGAAAAUGCUGAACCAGGGACAUCGGGACAACCUCGCUACUUGCCUGCUAAUAAGACUGUACUAAUAGCAACUGAAAAAACGCUGCAGUGUGAUUUAUGCAUUGAUACUAACGGGUCCAGCAUACCAGCCAUCGAGUCACCAGCAGGCGACUGGCAGCGAACAGGGGAAGAAUGCAGCUCGAUCGCAGUUUGAGCUGUCAACCCAGCCCACCAUAGUUAACACCCAAUUUGGUCACAUUAUCGGAGGUGGCCUACCACAUCUAGUAGCAUGCAAUAAGGUAGUAUGCAACAAGGUUGUUUUAAAGUGCACUAAUUGUGACACUGAACUUUCUGAUGCCUUGUCAAAAUUUUGGCAAACUGAGAAUGUUCCUCAAAUUUUCAAUGAAAAGUUCUCAGAGCAUGAACUAUGUGAGGAUAUAUUUCAAAAAACUAUUCAACUGAAAAACAAUCAAUUUCAAGUUGCACUUCCACUGAAACUGCCUCUUGACGUAAUCAAGGAUGAAUUGGGUGACUCAUUUCAUUUUGCAUUAAAAAGAUUUAAUAAUCUUGAGAAGAAAUUUGAUCAAAAUCCUGAAUUCUUUGCUGAAUAUAAGAAAUUCAUUCAUGAAUACUUGUCUUUGAACCAUGGGCACUAUGUAGACAUAGAAUUGUAUGAUCUGAAUAAAGAUGCAGUCUAUUUCUUAGCACAUCAUGGAAUUAUUAAGGAAAGUAAGACCACACAUCUCCGUACUGUGUUUGACGGAUCUAUGAAAACAAAUAAAAAGGUAUCGCUCAAUGAUUUUUUACUAAACGGAGCCACGGUUCAAAGAGAAUUAUUCGAUAUUAUUCUUCUGUUUCGUUUUGGUGACCAUACAUUCACAACUGACAUCAAACGUAUGUUCAGAAAUAUACGUGUAUGCAAGGAGCACACAUCAUUACAAAAUAUACUUUGGAGGGAUUCUCCCAAAGAGAACAUCAAAUGCAUAAGGUUGGAUACAGUAAGCUAUGGUCUAAAAAGUAGUAAUUUUUUAGCAACCCGUUGUCUUGAUGAGCUUGCUACUAGAUACACAAAUGAUCUGCCAUUAGCAUCAUUUAUUAUUAAAAAUAUGACUUAUGUAGACGAUGUACUUUACUCUGACAAUGAUUUAGAGAAGGUUCUUGAGGCUAAGACACAAUUACGAAAGCUGUUGAGCUUAGGCAGUUUUGAAACACAUAAGUGGUCGUCAAACAAUGCUAUAAUGCUGGCUGACAUACCUUCCACUGAACAACACUUUGAUGAGUUAGAGUUGCAAAAUGAUGAUUGUAGCUUAAAGGCACUAGGCCUCAAUGUAGUGAUUAAAGAGGAUAAAUUUAAAAUGUCAUGCCCUGAGCCUUUCAAUCCUAAUAAACUCACAAAGAGGGACAUUCUCAGCUAUAUUAGUAAAAUUUAUGACCCCAUGGGUUUUGUAAGUCCCAUCAUAGUAAAGGCUAAAGCCAUCAUGCAGAAGAUAUGGUUAUCAGGCACAGAUUGGAAUGAGGUACCCCCUCAGGAUAUAACAAGUGAAUGGAUCGAGUUUGCAUCUAGCUUAGCGGUAAUGGAGCCGAUUUAUAUAAACAGAAACAUUCAUGUGGAUCAUACAGACACUGUGCAAAUCAUAGGAUUUUCAGAUGCCUCCAGUUCAACUGCCUAUGGCUGCUGUGUCUACCUGCGCGUCACUGACUGUAAAGGUAAAACUAUAAUGCAUUUGCUCUGCUCUAAGUCCCGAAUCAAUUCGAUUAGCAAGAGUAAUACCGUCCCGAGACUUGAACUGGAAGCUGCAUUACUCCUAUCAAAGCUUGUUGCACGGGUGUAUCGCACUCUUAAAGUAAAACUUAACAUCAAUAAUGUUUACCUGUUCGCUGACUCACAAAUUUGUCUUGCUUGGCUAAACACACAAUUGACAAGACUGCAAGCUUACGUAGCCAACCGAGUCAAGAUAAUAAAGGAGCUAACAGGUGAGUUCGUCUGGCUUUACGUGAACACCAAAGACAAUCCGAGUGAUCUUAUCAGUCGCGGUGUCAGUCCGCAAGAUCUUGCAGCAUGUAAAAUGUGGUUUUUUGGACCUGAGUUUUUGCAUGACAGUGAGUAUACAUUUAAGUGUAUUUUAAAUAUACCAAACGACCUGCCUGAAGUUAAACCUGCA